AUGGCCACCGAAACCAAGACUACGGUUCUCAAACACGACGUGCUGGAGGACAAGAUCAUGGCCGAGAAGGUCGAGUACGCGUCUUCGGAGGACCUCGCGACGCCCAUCGACGACUCCAUCGAGGACACGACCAUCGGCCCCUUCAUCUGGCUCGUUGCCUUUUGCGCGUCCAUCGCCGGCUCCCUGUUCGGAUACGACACUGGCAUCAUUUCGGCCGUGCUCGUGUACUUGGGAACCAGUCUCGGGCACGAACUGGCGGCAAACGAGAAGGAACUGAUCACCUCACUCUGCUCUGGUGGAGCCUUCAUCGGCGCCAUCAUCGCCGGCAUGACUGCUGACCGCUACGGACGCAAGAUGGCCAUCUACGCCAACUGCGUCCUCUUCACCGUCGGCGCCAUCAUCCAAGCCGCGUCCUACUCCAUCGCCCAAAUGGCCAUCGGCCGCCUCAUCGUCGGCUUCGGCGUCGGCUCAGCCGCCAUGGUCGUCCCCAUGUACAUCGCCGAAAUCGCCCCCACCAAGUUCCGCGGCCGCAUGGUCGGCCUGAACAACAUGUCGAUAACCGGCGGCCAAGUCAUCUCAUACGGCAUCGGCGCGGCCUUCGCGCACGUGCCGCACGGCUGGCGCUACAUGGUCGGCCUCGGGGGGCUACCUUCCAUCGUCCUCGCGUGCCUUUUGCCCUUCUGCCCGGAGUCGCCGCGGCAGCUGGUGUUCCACGGGAAACUCGACGAGGCGGAGAGGGUGGUCGCGCGGAUAUACCACAACGCGAGCGCGGAGCAGGUGAGGGAUAAGGUGCGGUUGAUUGCGAGGAGCGUGGAGGAGGCGAGGGAGGUGACGGAGGGGAAGAGCACGUGGUAUCUUGUGAAGAAGUUGCAUAAAGAGCCGGGGAAUUUUAGGGCGUUGGCUGUCGGUCUCGUCGUCGCUGGAACCAACUUUGUCAUGACCUGGGUCAACGCUAUGGCUGUGGACCCAUGGGGACGCCGCCGCGUGCUCGUUUCAACCGUUUGGGGCAUGUCUGCUGGUCUGCUCGCUGUUGCUGUGGCUUUUUCGUUCAUCCCUGUGGAUACCUCAACGCUCGAGUUGCGCGAGGCGGAGGUUACACCGGCAGCGAUCGUCGUGCUGGUGUUUAUUGUGUGGUUCGUGUUCUUCUACGGCGUUUCCGUGGGAAAUACUGCCUGGAUGAGCGUUGACUUCUUCCCUAUGGAGGUCAGGGCGGUUGGAACAAUGUUCAUGACUUGCUCCUGCUGGGGUUCGAACAUUAUCGUCAGCUCCACUUUCCUGACCAUGAUGAAAAGCAUGACUCCCAGCGGCGCAUUCGGCUUCUACGCGGCUAUCUGCGGCAUCGGCUGGAUUCUGAUUAUCUUCUUCUACCCUGAGGUCAGCGGGUUGACUCUUGAGGAGAUUCAAGAGGUUUUCAAGCAUGGGUUUGGUGUGAAGUAUACCCGGCAGCUGAGGAAGGAGAGGAAGGCGGCUGCUAAGAGUGCGGCGUAG